AUGGUGCAGCAGCAAGUAUCAAAGCGUCAACAAGAGGAAAUCACUACCGUGAGGCCGACAACUGGAAGCUUGAUACCAAACCGAUGGACCAAGAACCGUCCUGUCGCCUGGAGCGCCUUUUUGGAUACAGGAGCAGCCACCGAAACGGAUAGUGGUAUCGUUGCGAGCCGCAGGCAUCCUGUUAUGCCGCCCGGCGUGAGGCCCCGGUCGAACGCCUGUUCCAUGUGCCAACACUGUGCAAUGCUCUCCAGAAGCGAGACGGGUGCGCGUACGUCAACGCUUCUGUCUACUAGUCUGGAUAGGUGUCAUGGUUUCCCGAAGCGUUCGGAUGUGGAGACAGGUCGCUCCUUGGGGAUGGCGCGGGCGUUGCGGGCUCGAUGGGGUUUCCCGGUACUUCAGUUUUCUGCUCCAUUGGUGCGCUGGAUCAGCAACACACCUACGCGUCUUCCUGGCCAACAUGCAUACACCCGCAACCGCUUUGGACGGGGUCGCGAGUCAUCAACGCAAAUCCUUGCUGAUGCACGUCGGGUAACGCCCUACGCAUGCAGACACCUGUGGAUGAGAUCCCGUCAUCUUGUUCGAUACUCUUUACGUUUCCUCGACCGUGCAGAUGAGGCACGAAUGGAGCAUGCUGGACGAGCCUGGCAAGGAGAGCGGCGUAUGGUUACCGUUGAGCCGCUGCGACUCCCCGGGUUGGAAACAAUCCGUCCGGGCGGACGGUUCCCGGUACCGGCAUUCUGGAUCAGUGCCAUCGCCCUCAUCAUACUUGGACUUUUCUGGAAGUUACAACAGCGACUAGACAGCGUCUUCCUUGGUCGAGAGGAGCUUGCAGAGCGAUGGCGAGCGUUUCCGCAGCCGUUGCGUCCACCAGCGAAGAAGCCGGCGUACCAGCGAGCUGCGCGAACGCUGACAUCGCCUCUGGGUAUGGUGUGGGCUCGCCUGCGCUUCCACCUGGAAGCACUGUUGCAGAGGCAGCACAGCGACCGAAUAGCGAACAAGACGGCUCCCGUGCCGCGCCGCUGGUUCGCAGACGUCUCCGAUCUCUACGAGGCUAUCAUUCGCCAGUUGCCGUUGAGUAUUGAAGAUACCCGCUGCCUGUUUACACUGCUGAGCGCUGACGAACAAUAUCAGUAUGCAGGAAAGUCAGGCGCGUAUGCCCCGGCAUCGUCCAAUGAACAGAAGCACUUGCUUCCGGCCCUGUCGCGAGCAGAGUCCAUCGCAGUUGCCCGGAAGCUGUGCAUUCUCGCGAUGGCUGCAGAUGGCGUCUUGCACGGCUCUGCACGAGCAGCGCUCGCGCAGUUGCUGCUUCCGCACUUGCCAAAGCUUUCCGCCUACAUAAGUGCUCAUCCACGGACACCACAGCCUUCAGGGCCGCUUUCCAGAUCCACCAUAGUAGGGCUGCUCUUCUCCAACGCCAUGAUUCCCCAUAUUAUGUUGGGCGCUGCCGUCGUUGCCACAUCAGCAGGUGCCCGCGUCUGUAUCAUCGACGACUGGCGGAGCACGUUGAGCACGACUUAUGCCCCUUUCCUGCUUGCUGUUGGGCUGAACCCCUAUCCGACUCUAGCCGAGUCCUGUGCAACUUUUGAUCGAUUGCGAAUAGCGCUUUAUCGAUCACCGAUAGGUCUCGCGAAGCGCGAUAUUCGACUCCUACUGAAUGAAACGGCUACCGCGGAAGAUGUGGCAACAUCGCCAGCACCGCUUUUGGGAGAUUUAGUGGCUCCGCUCUUGAAUGCCUACGACCUUGAUCGUUUGGUGACUGCGCCGGGUCUCCAUGCUCCCAGUGGAACUGCAGAACUGGAGGCGCUGACGGACGCAGUCGCGUUCUUCCGUCCAGUAAGAGCCUGGCUCUUCACUUGUCUGGUGCCAGAGGCAUCAAACGAGGACACUCCAACGGGAGAGCAGCAUCUGGGCUGUCUUCUACCCUGGGGACAGAAUUCUGUGCGCGAGGUUUGCUACCGCGGCCCCAAUGCAGACGGCGAGGAGAUCGCCCAGGUCGCCGAGAUACCUCUUCAACCGCAUCGCUACCAGAUGUACAGCAAGGGCGAUUUAGCUGCUGUGAUUGGUGCCAAUGCCGUGGAGAAUGCACGACUCCUCGAGGAGGUACUCACGAAUACGGGUAUCGACGACAACGCUGUCGGAGCAGAGACCAGCAGUUUAUCUUCAGAGCACCUGGUAUUGCUCCGCGAAACCAUUGUGUUGAACGCUGCAAUCAUACUGUUGGCCUCGGGUUUAGUGCAGACCAUUCACGAAGGUAUUCAGGCGGCUCGGCAGGCAAUGUACGCCCCGUCGACACUAGGGCGGCACGGACGACGCCCUGGAGCACCAUAUGUUCCGAGCGACGCAGCUGCGCUCUGGCGGCGCAUGGCGUACCGCAAGUAA